UUUCGGGAGGUAUGUGAAGCGGUAACUAGAUAGUACUAGACUUUGCCUAGUUAAGAAAAUCCUCAAGCAAAAGAACCUUGAAGGAAUAAAUCCAAGACCGCGGACUCUUAACAAUAGAAUAUAUGAAUAUAUCGCAUUAUGUGGUAAGGUUCUCAGUCCUUCUCAACACUAUUUAACAACUAACAGAAUUCUAGUAAACAUAUUCUGAACGCGCAAGUUUCCAUCCGAUCGCCAUGCUGUGAGACCACUUCUCGAACUAUCCUUUCCAUAUUAACUUCUGCCAAAGGUCGAAAAUGGUUUGACUGCGCUGAAUGUCAUCAUGAAACCGAGUCACACCCUCUGAAGAGAACAACAGAAAUGGUAUUGCAGUUGUUCCCUAAGCCCCGCUCUUUUUGGCCUCUCAUACUAACCACAAUGCAAGACAUUUGCGUGCAAGAAAUGUAAGAAGGCAUUCCGGAAAGACUUUGCCGACGAAACGGAUGACGGAGAUGAAUACUGCCCGCACUGCGACAAUCAUUAUGUUAUUAAUGCUGUGGAGCCAAAGCCAAUGUUGAAAUUCGAAGGGGAGGAUAUCAGGAAGGAUAGUAGGAUGAUCAAGGAUGAUCGACUGCAAGGGAAAGAACAGAGAACCAUCUUCGAUGUGGAGGAGGCUCCAAAUAAACUGGGAUAAUAAGAUGCAUUACGAAUGCGGAGAGUUAAAAGGACUUUGAUUUAGCGGCAUGGACAAGGGAAAUUGGGAUUCAGAGCGAUGGUUAACUGGUAGCUAAUAUGCAGAUAUGAAGAGGGCCGUAGUUUUUGGCACACAAUAGUAAUUGUGAACCUAGGGUGCAUCAGAAGCACCGAAAUU